AUCGUUAACUCGUCGGAGGAGUCAGUCGUUCAUCUUGGAAACGCAACGCGCGAGUGAAACAACACACAGAGCACAGACAACAUGAAUUCAAUACAAAUUUUAUGUUUAUAGAUGGCAGUAGAGCCUUUCCACCAGAGGCAAAUACAUACAUACAUACAUAUGUACACACAUCUAUACACACCUACACAUGUACAAUGUGCAUUGCAUUUUUGUGCUUCUUUUCCUGUGGUUGUGAGUGAACAAACACAUCUAAAGUGACAUCUCGAAAUUGAAUUUUAAGCUCACGUCGCGAAAUCAAUGAGAAGAAAAAAACACCGGCAACGUCAAAGUGCAGCUUAAUAAUUUACAUUAUUUAAACGGCAUCGCAUUGGAAAUUAAUUUUAAAAUUAAACUGGCAUAAUAUAUUGCAAAAGCUAAGCUUGAACAUUAUUCAGAGUUAGUGACAGCUAACAAGAUGAUUUGGACAGCACAGAAGAAGAAGCGCCAAACAUUAUUAUUAUUUAACAUUAUAGUUGUUAUUUUGUGCGCGUCUUCGGCAAGUGCCACAGAGAUAUCAAAUUAUUACGAGACACAAGGACCAAGUUUCUCUGUGGAGCCGCCAAGUAGGAUAGAAUUCAUGAACACUGUAGGCAACACUGUCAAUUGCAUUGCCCAUGGCAACCCUGUACCCAAUAUACAGUGGCUGGACAAGGAGAACAAUCCCAUUACAUCGAUAUCAAAGGUUCGUCAUAUCCUGGCCAACAGUUCCUUGCACUUUCCGCCAUUUGCUGCGGAGGAGUUUCGACAGGAUGUUCACUGGUCGGUCUAUCGUUGCAUAGCCUCCAACAGCAUGGGAAGCAUCAUCUCCAGGGAUGUGAUUGUUAAAGCAGUGGUUUAUCAGCACUACGAACCGGAGGUACAAAAUCCGGGCGGAUUUAUUGGCAGUAACGUGCUGAUUAAAUGCAAUAUUCCGUCGUUCGUCAAGGAGUACGUCACAGUGACCUCUUGGCUGCAGGAGCCCAACUUUAACAUCUAUCCAUCACUAGAGGGCGAUGGCAAAAAUCAUAUGCUACCCACAGGAGAACUUUUAAUAUAUAACAUCACCAAGAAUGACUCACAAAAGAUUUAUCGUUGUCGCACACAUCAUAAAUUAACACAGGACUCCAUAGUCAGCAGCAAUGCGGGGAAAAUUCAAUUAACUGAAAUGCGAGAACUGGUGCCGCCCAUAAUGAACGAUAAAACAGUAGCGUUGACAUCAAGAGUUGGGGAUCCAUUAGUGCUGGCGUGCGUUGCUUAUGCAAAUCCAAAGCCCACUUACAGAUGGCAUACAACUCGAUCGAGUACCGAGGAAUCUAUGCAGCAUAUGCUGGCUACAGGACGCGCUAAAAUCAAGGAUGGUACUCUCAUUAUUUCGGCCGUGUCGAAGACAGACAACGGCUUGUUCUUCUGCACUGUCACCAAUUCCGAAGGCAGCGAGACACUGGAGGUGGAACUGUCUGUUUCGUCACCAUUGACGGCUAGCGUGCAGCCACGAGUACAGACCGUGAAUCUGGGCCACACUGCAGAUUUAAUUUGCAGCACAUCGGGAUUCCCAAAAACACAAAUAUCAUGGUUUAAAGAUGGCAAAACGCUGCGCUCGGGCGCUCGAGUGCGUCUUUUGUCCAAGGAGCACAUUCGCAUCACAUCCAUCGUCAAGGAGGACAAGGGCAUGUAUCAGUGCAUCAUUAAGAACGAUAUCGAGUCAACACAAAGUUCUGCCGAACUGAGAUUGGGAGAGGUCUCGCCUCAGUUGCUCUACAAGUUCAUUGAGCAGACAAUGCAGCCAGGACCUUCAGUUUCCUUAAAAUGCAGCGCAAGUGGAAAUCCUACGCCGAAAAUUGUUUGGCACUUGGACGGCUUUCCGCUACCCAACAACGAUCGUCUAAUGAUUGGCCAAUAUGUGACCACGUUCGGUGAUGUCAUCAGUCAUGUGAAUAUAUCAGCAGUUAAAUCGGAGGAUGGCGGCGAUUACGAGUGUAAAGCGAUUUCUCGAGCUGGCGAAGCUUCACAUUCUGCUCGGCUAAAUAUUUAUGGCAUGCCUUAUAUACGCCACAUGCCCAAGUUGUCGGCAGUCGCUGGAAAAGUGUUCUCCCUUAAGUGUCCCAUUGCUGGCUAUCCCAUCGAGAGUGUGUAUAUCGAGAAAGACGGCAUGCGACUGCCCAUAAAUAUGUGACAGCGUGUUCAAAAUGGAACUUUGGUAAUCGACAAUGUGCAACGAGCUGCCGAUCAAGGAACUUACACGUGCAUCGCUCGCAACAAACACAAUUACACCUCGCAGCGAUCCGUUGAAGUCAAAGUGCUGGUUCCACCCAAGAUUACACCAUUCUCAUUCGCACGCGAUCUGAACGUCGGUGACCGCACAAGUAUUCAGUGCGUUAUUGGCACCGGGGACCUGCCGCUUUCAUUCACUUGGCUCAAGGAUGGAAUACCUUUGCCACAGGCAGCCAACGUGGCCACCACGGCCACGGUCGACAGCGGUGUCAGCGGUGGGCUUAAGGGUACCGGUGGCGCUGCUGGUCUUGGUCUAUUGGGUUCCGGCACCGGAUCGCACUUAUCGCACUUAUCUUCUUCCUCGGCCUCGUCUUAUGCAUCGCCAUCGUCAGCAAGUGAACAGCACGCUGCCCACGCAAUGAAUGAUAAUGGUCGUAGUGGUGGUGAAAGUAACGGCCAAGUGACAAUUCGCCAAAAUGAUGAUUUUACCAGCGCCCUCAGCAUCACAAGUGUGACGAGAGACCAAAGUGGCACGUACACGUGUCGCGUCCAAAACGAUGCCGCUACUGUAACGCACUCUGCACAGCUCAAAGUUAAUGUACCACCGCGAUGGAUCCUAAAGCCCACCGAUCAAGAUGCCAUCUUGGGAAAUGCAGUUAUCGUAUCGUGUAAAGCCGACGGAUUUCCCUUGCCGACCAUUCAGUGGAAGCAGUCUAUAGGCGACACUGGGGAGUAUCGUGAUCUCAGCUUUGCCAUGGACAAUGUCAACUCGCAUGCCGUUUUAGUAGUGCAUUCGAAUGGAUCAUUAAUCAUAUCGAAAGUGAGUCGAGAGCACGAGGGAAGUUAUCUGUGCCAGGCCAGCAAUGGCAUUGGAGCUGGUCUCAGUACGCUAAUUAAGCUAACAGUGCAUGUUGGCCCAUCGGUGACUGUGAGCAAAAAACAGCUGUCAAUUCGCCGCGGCGAGCGCAUCACACUUCGCUGCGAGGCCAAUGGCGAUCAGCCCCUGGAGAUCUCGUGGCGAUCGAAGGCUAUACGCAUUGAUCCCUCUUAUGAUAUACGUUAUCAUAUCAAGAAUUCGCCGCUGGCUCGUGGCGUCUCAUCGGAAUUAACCAUUCUGCAGACUGUGCUAACCGACAGAGGCGAAUACACUUGCAUCGCCAACAAUGCUUACGGUCGUGAUCGUAGCGUUAUCCAUGUCCAAGUCCAGGAGCCACCCAAUUUUCCAGUCAAUUUGCAUGUGCGUGAUUUGGGCAGCAGAUCGGUUACAUUGGCUUGGUCACCGAAUGAUCAGGAUUCGGUCAUCCUAGGAGGCGGAGGCGGCAAUAAUCGCGAUUCACAGCCAAUAUCAAAUUACAUUCUGCAAUACAAAAAAGGCUCAGAUGUCUGGCAUGAGCACAACAAUCAGAAGCUGUUGCCUGGCGACAGAACCACAGCUCAACUAGGCUCUCUUCGGCCUGCUCAGGUCUAUCACAUUCGUCUAUUUGCCGAGAACCAUCUGGGCACAAGUGCACCCAGCGAUGUGCUGUUUGUUCAAACCGAUUCCGAAGUGCCCUCUGCACCGCCUCAGGAUGUCACCUCAGAGCCAUUGGGACCACAGCAGCUGUUGAUUACAUGGCGUGCUCCUGUACGGGAUUCGUGGAAUGGCGAGCUCUUGGGCUAUACGAUCUCUUACCAGAAGCAGAGCACUCCCGACAGCGUGGCGAAUCACACAAAGGUUGGCAACCUCAUCACCGAGGGACUCAAUGAUUUUCGCCUGACGGGACUGGAGAAGUAUACACAAUAUGGCAUCACAGUCUCAGCCUACAAUGUCAAAGGAGAUGGACCACCGAGUGCAGUGGCCUUGGGUCACACGCUCGAGGAUGUGCCGUCGGCUGCACCGCGAUCUGUGACGUGCAUAGCAUUGACUGCUCAGAAUAUACAAAUAUCUUGGCAGUCGCCGCCAAAGGAACUGAGUCAUGGCAUCAUUCAGGGCUACAAGCUGCUCUAUGAGCCGGGACUGCUCGAGAGCGAGUACAGCGUGCGGGAGACAAAGAUUACGUCCGCGUUGAGCACAGUGCUGCAUGGUCUGCAACCAUAUACGAACUACAGUGUCCAGGUGCUGGCCUUCACACGAGCCGGCGAGGGCGUCUCGAGUCCUCCGGUGUCCUGCAUUACCGAGGAAGCGGUGCCCGAUGCGCCAGAGCUGGUUAAAUCUGCCGUGAGCACAGAGACCUCUGUGAUAAUAAGCUGGUUGCCACCGCGGAGACUCAACGGCUUAAUAACCAAAUACAAUGUCUAUAUACGCAUCUUGGAAAAGGGUCAAGAAUUAAAGAUCCUUAAGGAAAUGCUGCCUGCACACAAUCGUCACUUUGAGGCCAAGGAUCUCAAUUUCAGAGAGACCUACGAGGCGUGGGUCACUGCAUCCACCAGAGUGGGCCAGGGACCGAGCACGCCAGUAAUUAAACUUGUGCCCAGCACCUCGAUACCCGCUGCCAUCAUCUCGUUUAGUCAGACGCUGCAUGUCAACUGGAAGUCAGACAUUAAGUUGCCCUGCGUUUUUGUGGGCAACCCCAAGGCUAGUGCCGAAUGGAAGAUCCUCAACAACCGAGGAAAGAAGCAAUUCCCGCUGGAGGUGAGCAACGAUAACACCCUCAGUCUCCGCAAUAUUCAGCGCAGUCACGAGGGCAACUAUUCGUGUGUGGCCCGUAAUCCCACAGGCUCCGAUCACAUUGUCUAUCAGCUCUAUGUGCAGGUGCCACCUGCUGCUCCGAUUGUAUCGGUGAACUCGGUACAAAAGAAUUCGGUGUCCAUUCAAUGGCGAGUCGACGAUAUUGGCGGCUCACCCAUCAAGGGCUACACUUUGACCUACAGACGUGACGCGUCCGACUGGGAGGAGAUUCAAAUUGAUCGUCGAGUCACCUCCUAUAUGCUGGAGGAUCUGCAGUGUGGCACCCAGUACAAGUUCACCAUGAAUACUUACAAUAAGAUUGGUUCCAGCGCCGCAAGCUCAACAGUCUCAGCUCAGACAAAAGGCAACAAACCAUUUGCACCGCAGAAGCACAGUUUCCUCCGCUCCAACACGACGUCAGUGAUCCUGGAUCUAUCCUCUUGGCAGGAUGGCGGCUGUCCCAUUCUUCACUACAGCAUCGAGUUUAAGCGCUACAAAUCUUCGAGUGAUUGGAUAAUUGUUUCCAAUAAAAUCGAAACCAAUACUCGCUAUAUCAUCGGGGAUUUGGAGCCGGGAACCGCUUACAAUUUGCGCGUGACAGCAAACAAUAAUGCUGGUUCAACUACAAAGGAAUUCUACUUUGAAACACAAAAUCUGAUCGGAUUCAGCGGUGGCUUGGGCAACGAUGAGAUGCCCGAUGAUCAGCAAACUGUGUUCAGCGAUGCUCAUCUGAUUGCCGUGAUCAUCUCAUCGAUAUUUGGCACAAUUUUGGCAUUAAUUGGCGCAUUCAUAUGCUUCAAGAACUACCCACGCACGUUGUUUACCCGUAAUCUUGAUUCUCUGAGACCGCAGAAUGGUGGGAGCGAUGGCAAGGAUAUUCAGAGUCGAGAGCACUUUUAUGGUACAGUACGAAAAUCUUGCCAGCAAUCUCCGCCUGAAUCGGUGGCUGGCCUUGAGCGUAUACCAGAGUACUCAGAAGAUAUCUAUCCUUACGCCACAUUCCAUUUGCCAGAACAUGAAAACCAAACUGGAAAUAUUCCUUUAAACUACACAGGAAGUUCCACCAAAUACGAUGACAGCACCCUCUGCAGCUCCGGCGUGAAAGGGAAACGCAGCACGACAACGAGUGUGGGCGGAGGCAACUCCAAUGCGAAUCUGAGCAGCAUGAUGGUUGGAUCACCCGAUGAUGGCAAUCACUUGAACACGACCGACAAGCGACACAAGCGGCGUUCGAAGAUCAUCAAAUCGGAAUCGGAGGAAUACGAUAGUCUCAAUAGUGACAGUGAAUUAAGCGGGGAACGAGAACGCAUGCGUGAUGAUAACAGUUACUUGGAGGAUGAGGAAGUAUCAGCUCAUAACAAGAAGAUGCGCAACAGUGGAGGGAAUAGUAAGGAUAGGUCUUCUGUAUUUAGCAGACCUCAACUGCAUAGUAACAUCUUGGACCCCGUUCCCAUCGACUACCGGCUCUUUGAGCCGACAGCAAAGCAACAGCGCAAAUCAACGCAUUCUGGCGAUGCCCAGCGGAAAGCUCUCGCAAUUACAUCUGCCAAAGAUGCAACCAAAUGUGCAGAUCUGUCCCGAAGUGUAUCCGGUCGUCAGCGAUACAAAAGUGCCGAUAAUAAUGCCAACAGCGGCACCCUUAAUCGCGAUUGUGGGGAAGCCAACAAGGGCAUCACCCGACCAAUUGCACAGCCGGGGGCAUAUAUUGAAAAACUAAAGCCGCAGAGAAAUGCCGAUCAACAUGGUUGUAUUUCGUCGAUAACAUGCUACAACAAGGGCUACGGUGAUAAGAAUGCCAAAUUAAUUAAUCGAGGAGGAGGAGGAGGAUCAACAGGAGGCGGAGAUCAACUAGAGCUAAUCGGUUCACAUCGUCACAUCUAUAGCAUUGAGCCCAUGGAGCUGAUGGCCAUGGAGUCGCUGAGCAACUCCGAGACCUUGGCCAUGGGCAGUACUAUGAUGGAUAACAAUCAAUAUCAAAUGGAAAACAGCUUGGAAAAUAUAUCCAAUUGCAGCGAUCACAUUCUCAACGAAAAGCACGUUAGUCCGCCAUCGGCGUUUAUCGAUAGAAUUGGACAAAUUUGAAAAGUUGAACAAUAGAACGAACAUUACUGUUAGCAAUAGCAAAAGGAAUAUUUAGUCAUUUAGAUGUAUGUAUGUAUUUAUCUUGUAUAUUGCAAGGUUUCCUUCAGAUUCGACAAUUCAUUUGAUUUCAAGUUGCCCUUAGACUGAAAUGUUCCUUGAUCAGAACUGCAAGUCGAUCUACUAAGAGUAUUAUACAUACACUGCCUAAUACAAAAUGAACGAAGAUCAAUUCUCACACUGAAUUCAAGAUCAAUUAAACUUCAAUUUCACAAUUGCAUAUAUUUUGUAGUGUUCAAAGGAAUAUCAAACGAUCAACUACUUGCAUUUAGACUUAAGAUAGACAAUUAUUGUGAGAUCACCUUUACAGUGGUUAGUCGGUUUGGGGAUUAAAGAUAUUAUUAUUAUUAUUAUUAUUAUUAUUAAUAUGAUUAUUAUGAUGAUAUAAUUGGAUUAUAAAUUUACUUAAUUCAUAAAAGAAUAGCUAUAGGCAUAGAAUUUGCUAACUGUCUAAUUGGUGUACGAGUGCAAAUCGAGACGAGUCGAGCAUUUCGAAUUCAUAAUUGUUGCAUUUACUUGCAAGCAUUUUUUGGGGACAGGUAAUUUGGAUCAAUGUCAAUAUAGUAUAAUUAGACUGAAGCACCAAUGCUAUCGAUUCAAGAAUAUUAAUGAACAUAUAAUGAUAUCAAUAUCUUAACAUACUCGUAACUUAGAUAACUGACAUUCUUAAAAUUAAUAUAAACAUUAACAAAAACAACGUAGCAUUAACAGUAACUCGUGCUAACAUUUAAGUAUACACUAGUUUUAUACUGUUACAAGCAAUUAUUGCAAUUUUAAAUAACAUAUUCAUAUAUUAUAUUAAUUCAUCAUUACGACAAAUACUUAUUAUAGCGACUCGCGACAAAUAGACCGUUAUAUAUUGUAUGUACAUACAUAACAUACAUUCAAUUGUAUGUAUGUGGAGAUAUGCAUGUAUUGUGUAAAACGUAUGUUAUAAGAAAUCUUACAUAUGCUAAGCAUGAAUGAUGUAUGUGUAUUCGUUUUAAGAUAUUUUAAACUCAAGCUCAAUUUGUACUGUCAAUUGAAAUAGGAAAUUAAAAGGAUGUUGUGUAAAAAUUUAUAA